UGCCAAAAAUUAUAUAUAUAUAUAUAUUUAUUAAAUGUGCAAUGGUAUAAUGUGGGAAAGUCCACGUUCGAAUUAUUUGAUAAAACAAAAAUGUGGAGUAAACAUUAUUUAAUGAAUGCUUUGAUACGGCAUAGACUGAGUAUAGGUCGAUUAACUGCUUCCAUAGACAAGAAUUCAUUUUCAAAUACACUUCUUCCGAGCCGAAGUAUUUACCAUUGGACAAAUGAACGACAUGUGAACACAUAUUCCCGCCGAUUUUUUUCGGAUUCAAUUGAUGAGCCGAUUCUAUCAAAGCCCAACAGCAAAAAAUAUGCUUUUUAUGACAUAAACGGACAACCAGAUCAACGUGAUAACGAAGCUCAAAAUGCCGACGAUGUUCUCUUUGACAUGUUUUGUAAUGAGAGCACGGAGUUACUUCCGAUUGGUAAAUUUCUCGCUGCUCUUCGGACAUCGGGAAUACGAAUGAAUGAUUUGCGAAUCAAGGAAAUGAUGGAAAAUCUGCGAAAAGUUCAUCGGCUAACAAAUUCGGAAAGCGGAACACCGGAAACACAAAAAUUAAAUCGAGAAACAUUUAAAUCUGUCAUUGCUCCGAAUAUUGUUCUGAUUUCGAAGGCAUUUCGUCAUCAAUUUGUCGUUCCGGAUUUUCUCAAUUUCACCAAAGACAUUGAAGAUAUUUACUGGAAAUGUAAAAGCAAUACAGAUGGUAAGGUUGCUGCUUAUAUUCCACAAUUGGCACGUGUCAAUCCUGAUUAUUGGGGUGUUAGCGUAUGCACAAUUGAUGGUCAACGAUUUUCAAUUGGCGAUGUUAACGUACCGUUUACAUUACAAAGUUGCAGCAAACCAUUGAUGUAUGCCAUUGCAUUGGAGAAACUUGGACAAGAGGUUCAUCAAUAUGUGGGACAAGAACCAAGCGGAAGAAAUUUCAAUGAACUCAUUUUGGAUUAUAAUAAAAAGCCACACAAUCCAAUGAUAAAUGCAGGUGCAAUCAUAAUAUGUUCGUUGGUAAAGACACUAAUAAAACCAGAGAUGACAUUGGCCGAGAAAUUUGAUUACACUUUAUCAUACUUUCGAAAAAUGUCCGGCGGUGAAUUAUUUGGUUUCAAUAAUGCGGUAUUUUUAUCAGAACGCGAAGCGGCUGACAGAAAUUAUGCAUUGGGAUUUUAUAUGCGUGAAAAUAAAUGCUUUCCCGAUAAGUGUAAUUUGCGUGAAUGCAUGGAUUUUUAUUUUCAGUGCUGUUCGAUGGAAGCGACAUGUGAUACAAUGUCAAUAUUAGCCGCUACAUUGGCGAAUGGUGGCAUCUGUCCACUUUCCGAAGAGAAAGUCUUUCGACCGGAUGUAGUUCGUGAUGUACUAUCGCUUAUGCACUCCUGUGGAAUGUAUGACUAUUCGGGUGAAUUUGCGUUCAAAGUUGGUGUUCCGGCAAAAUCUGGUGUUUGCGGUGGAAUGCUUGUUGUGAUUCCGAAUGUAAUGGGCAUAUUCACGUGGUCGCCACCAUUGGAUCCAUUAGGGAAUAGCUGUCGUGGUGUUCAAUUUUGUGAGGAAUUGGUCAGCGGUUUUAACUUCCAUCCAUAUGAUAAUUUAAAGCAUGCAAGUCAUAAGAAAGAUCCGAGACGACAUCGAUAUGAAACAAAGGGUCUAUCGAUUGUAAAUUUAUUGUUUUCGGCGGCAAGUGGUGAUGUAACAGCAUUGCGUCGUCAUAAAUUGUCUGGCAUGGAUAUAACAUUAUCGGACUAUGAUGGACGGACUGCAUUACAUCUGGCCGCAUCCGAAGGUCAUUUAGAUUGCGUUCAAUUUUUAUUGGAACAAUGUAAUGUUCCAUUUGAUCCAAAAGAUCGAUGGGGCAACAUGCCAAUUGAUGAAGCUGAAACAUUUGGCCAUGAAACGGUUGUGGAAUUCCUAAGGAAUUGGCAAAAUAAACCGCCAAACAAAUCGGAUUCAGGUCAAUCGGAAAACAGCACCAGAUCGGCAUCACCGUUAUCAAAUGAAUCAAAUCCAUUUCCAAGCCAUCCGAGUCAUACGUCACCAUUACCAUAAACAGGAACGUUUUUUGGCCUACAACCAAACUAAACCAUUCCGAUUUUUAAACAACAAAAAAAUUAUUUGAAAUGCGUUUUUUGAUCAAGAUAUAUAUUUAUAUUAAGAUAAAGCAAUCAAUGGACAAUAAUUGUUGGCUUAAUAUUGCUUUUGCUAAAGCAAUCUUUUGAAUUAUAUAUUGAAAUAAAUUAUUAUCUGUGUUUUGAGAGACUUGUUGUAUGUGUCAUUUGUAAAAAUUUGAAUCGUAGGAAAAGGCGGUUUCGUCGCCAACUCAUGCUACCGCAUGGUUGACACAAGAGUUGGCGACGAAACCGACUUUUACACUACUGAUUUGAUUUUUAAAAUCGAGUUAUGCACAAUUACUAAAUCAAUUAAACUCCGUUUUAAAUUAGUCAAAUAAAGUAGCUGGAAUUUUAAAUUAAAGCAA